AUGUGUUCCAUUGCAAUGGAUGUUCCUACUGUGAACUUGGCUAGCAAAGCCUAUGUUACUUUUUUGGCAGGCAACAAAGACUAUGUGAAGGGAGUUGUGGGUUUGGCCAAGGGCUUGAGAAAGGCCAAAUCCCAAUACCCACUUGUUGUGGCGGUGCUUCCAGAUGUCCCAGAGGAGCACCGGAAGAUUCUCGAGUCUCAGGGCUGCAUUGUCCGGGACAUCGAGCCUGUGUACCCUCCGGAAAAUCACCAAGCCGAGUUUGCCAUGGCAUAUUAUGUCAUCAACUAUUCAAAGCUUCGGAUUUUCAAUUUUGUGGAGUAUAGCAAGAUGAUAUACUUGGACGGAGACAUACAAGUCUUUGACAACAUUGAUCACCUCUUUCACCUCCCGGAUGGGUAUUUCUAUGCUGUCAUGGAUUGUUUCUGUGAAAAAACAUGGAGUCACACUCCUCAAAGUAAGAUCGGAUAUUGCCAACAAUGUCCGGAAAAGGUUCAGUGGCCUGCUGAGUUAGGAUCUCCACCCGCACCUUACUUCAACGCUGGCAUGUUCGUCUAUGAGCCUAAGCUCUCCACUUACAAUAACCUACUGACAUUCCUCAAAAGUACUCCUCCCACUCCUUUUGCUGAGCAGGACUUGUUGAACUUCUUCUUUAGGGAUGUCUACAAGCCUAUCCCUUCAGAGUACAACUUCAUUCUUGCCAUGUUAUGGCAACAUCCUGAGAAUGUAAAGAUUGAUGCUCUGAAAGUUGUUCACUAUUGUGCUGCGGGAUCAAAGCCAUGGAGGUAUACGGGAGAGGAAGAGAACAUGGAAAGAGAAGACAUAAAGAUGCUGGUGAAGAAGUGGUGGGACAUUUACGAUGACAGGUCGUUGGAUUUGAAGAAGGUCCCGGUUGCUAGCUUGUUAGAUCCGGUGAUUGAUAGUGAAGAAAGAAGUGCUCCUUCGGCUGCCUAG